CACUGGUUCUCUUCUACUGCUACAAACGGCCAUGGGUUUCGAUCUUUACUGUAUUGUACCAACCCAACUGAGUAAAAACCCCAUUUUCUUUUUCCCCCUCAAAGAAAAUUCUCUGGUUUUGACUACGACCCAGCUUCCUUUGUCUCCAGUACUUUAUUCAUUCUUCGUCCCCCGAGAACUCCUCCUCUGUUUUCCACUUUUUUAAAGUACUCUGGUGGCAAAUAUCAUCCUCCCCUUUUGUUUCCUGGGCUUAAUUCUUGCUUCUUCUGUAGAGAUUCGCAAUUCCGGGGGGUUUCCAUACGGAAAGAGCCGGGCUUUUGGUUUGAUUUCGCAGAGAAUCGAUUUGGGUCUCUUUCCAAAUUGGUCAACGGACGAAUACGCGUCGAGGGUCUCCCUUUUUUUAUUAUUUCUUUUCAAAUUUUAUUUCUUGGGUUAUCUGGGUUUCUUUGUUGAAGGUUGAAGCCACACCUGAAUCGAGGACUCUAGAUCCUUCUCUGGGGUCAACAACUUGCUGGGUCGUUUUCCGAUGAUUAGUGACGAUGGAGGAUUCUAGGGUUUAGUUUUAGUCUGUGAAGUGGAAGACAUGGGACGAAGAUCAAUUCCUGGCGUCAUUUGGUUGAUUUUGGUGUUCGAUGCGAUUCUCAGAGUCUCCGGCAACGCAGAAGGUGAUGCCUUGAAUGCUCUGAAAACCAAUUUAGCAGACCCUAACAAGGUCCUCCAAAGUUGGGAUCCCACUCUCGUUACUCCCUGUACAUGGUUUCAUGUUACUUGCAAUAGUGACAAUAGUGUUACGCGUGUUGACCUUGGGAAUGCAAAUCUAUCCGGCGAGCUGGUUCCGCAGCUUGGUCAGCUUCCGUAUUUGCAGUACUUGGAACUGUAUAGCAAUAACAUUACCGGGACAAUACCAGAGGAGCUAGGGAACUUGAUGGAAUUGGUGAGCUUGGAUCUUUACUUGAACAAUUUAAGCGGUCCAAUACCAUCAACUCUGGGCAAACUAAAAAAGCUAAGAUUCUUGCGUCUCAAUAACAACAGCUUAUCAGGAGAAAUUCCAAGGUCUUUGACUGCUAUCAGUACGCUCCAAGUUCUGGAUAUCUCAAACAAUCAGCUAACAGGAGAUAUUCCUGUUAAUGGUUCCUUUUCACUGUUCACUCCUAUCAGUUUUGCCAAUAAUAAACUAAAGCCACUUCCUGCAUCUCCGCCGCCUCCUAUCUCUCCUACCCCCCCUUCGCCUUCAGGAAAUAAAAUUACUGGAGCAAUUGCUGGGGGAGUUGCUGCAGGUGCAGCACUUCUGUUUGCCGCUCCUGCCAUUGCACUUGCUUGGUGGCGAAGGAGAAAACCACAAGACAACUUCUUUGAUGUACCCGCUGAAGAAGACCCAGAAGUUCAUUUAGGUCAACUCAAGAGAUUUUCCUUGCGGGAAUUACAAGUUGCUACCGAUAAUUUUAGCAACAGACACAUUCUGGGUAGAGGUGGUUUUGGCAAAGUUUAUAAAGGACGGUUGGCUGAUGGUUCUCUAGUGGCUGUGAAACGGCUGAAAGAAGAACGUACUCAGGGUGGCGAACUUCAGUUCCAAACUGAGGUUGAGAUGAUCAGCAUGGCCGUCCAUAGAAACUUGCUUCGGCUGCGUGGGUUUUGCAUGACACCGACUGAAAGAUUGCUUGUCUAUCCCUUCAUGGCCAAUGGAAGCGUGGCUUCGUGUCUAAGAGAACGCCCAGAAUCCCAACCGCCACUUGAUUGGCCAAAGAGAAAGCGGAUUGCAUUGGGGUCGGCGAGGGGGCUUGCUUAUUUGCACGAUCAUUGUGACCCGAAGAUCAUCCAUCGGGAUGUGAAAGCUGCAAAUAUACUGUUAGAUGAAGAGUUUGAAGCUGUCGUCGGGGAUUUUGGACUUGCGAAACUCAUGGAUUACAAGGACACGCAUGUAACUACCGCUGUUCGUGGUACAAUUGGUCAUAUAGCUCCCGAGUACCUUUCGACGGGAAAAUCGAACGAGAAAACAGAUGUUUUCGGGUACGGAGUCAUGCUUCUCGAGCUCAUUACGGGACAGCGGGCCUUUGACCUUGCCCGGCUUGCAAACGACGACGAUGUCAUGUUGCUUGACUGGGUGAAAGGGCUGCUGAAAGAGAAGAAACUGGAGACGCUGGUCGACAGAGAUCUUCAGGGGAACUACGUCGAGGAAGAGGUCGAGCAACUGAUACAAGUGGCUCUCCUCUGCACACAAAGCUCUCCGAUGGAACGUCCCAAGAUGUCGGAGGUGGUGAGAAUGCUGGAAGGAGACGGGUUGGCCGAGAGAUGGGAGGAAUGGCAGAAGGAAGAGAUGUUCAGACAAGAUUUCAACUACCCAACCCAUCAACCGCCCAACACCGGUUGGAGCAUCCCUGAUUCCAUGUCCCACAUCGAAAACGAAUAUCCCUCGGGUCCUAGAUGACGGCCUCGAUCUCUCGUGAAACCCUGUAUUAUCAAAUACAAAUAGCCGAUCCACUCUCCUGUCUAUAUAUAAAACUGUAUUCCUCUUUUUUUUUUUCACACAAGAACAGAUUUGGUGUUGCUUUUGAUGAUGUAAGUUCUCAUAGGGGUGACUACGGUUACAAGUGAAGUGUGAUGUCCAAUGCCCAGCUGAAAGCACACCUUAUAUCCAUUUUAUGUAAUCCCCCAUGUUCCUUUCUGUGUGGCGAAUCAAAUAUGUUUUUCAUCCCA